AUGACCAUCAAUAUCAAGUUCCUCCUGUGGCUGCUGCUCUUGUUCAGCGCAUCGUUCUGCCACGGUUCCGAACUUGACAUCCAGUGCCUGAAAUCCGUGCAAAAAUCAGUGGCCGACCCAAAUGGCAUCCUAAAAUCUUCUUGGAAACUCAACAGCAGCGGCGUCAGCGGCUACAUAUGCGAAUCCACCGGCGUGGAAUGCUGGAGCCACGACCAGAACAGGGUCCUCUCUCUGCGCCUGUCCAGCUUGGGACUCCAAGGCCCGUUCCCCAAAGGCCUCGAUGACUGCACGAGCACGAUCGCGCUGGACCUCUCAGGCAACAGAUUCUCAGGGCCGAUCCCGUCGCGCAUCGCACACGACGCGCCGCACCUCUCGUACCUGGAUCUCUCGAACAACGGCUUCUCCGGCGAGAUCCCGGACAGCAUCGCCGACAUGGUGUACCACAACGUGCUCAACCUCGAGCACAACCGGCUCGACGGUCCGAUUCCAGAGCGGUUCAACGCGCUUGGCCGGCUAACGACGCUCAGCGUCGCCGAUAACUUGUUAUCGGGGUCCAUUCCUGCAUUGCUGCGGAAGUUUCCGGCGUCGCAUUUUGCUGGUAACCAGGGGCUCUGUGGUGCACCUUUGGAGCGGCCAUCGGGUGGCCGUCGGGUUCGUGGUGGCCUUCUACUUCUACUUGUACUGUACUUCCCGCGCUGGCUCGGCCUCUCCAAGAGGCUCCGUGCUUCCGGCUUGCGCGUGUGAUCGAUCCGCCCGUUUUGGAAAUUUGUCUGCCGCUGGCAGUUCUAUUCCGUCUCCUGUUGAAAAAGUUGCAUGUGCCGGUGCGUCGUUGCUUGCAGCGCAUAUUUCC